AGAUUCCAGAGGGGCGACUACCACAUUGAUGUCUGCAUCAAUGACUACCUGGAUGUGUUCUGCCCUCACUACGAAGAUUCAGUUCCGGAAGAUAAGACCGAACGCUAUGUUCUGUACAUGGUGAACUUUGAUGGCUACAGCUCCUGCGAUCACACUUCCAAAGGGUUCAAGAGGUGGGAAUGUAAUCGGCCGCAUUCCCCAAAUGGACCUUUGAAGUUCUCGGAAAAGUUCCAGCUCUUCACGCCCUUCUCUCUAGGAUUUGAGUUCAGGCCAGGCCGGGAAUAUUUCUAUAUCUGUGAGUAUAUAGAGAUUUACUACUGUUGCACCCCAGAUGCAAGAAACCUAGCUAAUUUUUCAUCUAUGCAGUGUGGAAAUACAGAGGGCCAAAUGCUAUAUAAUGCAGAUGUCUUACAGUAAAUGCAGGCUUAACUAUCCCCAGACAUACUAGCUAGGAACCUAGAUAGUGAAACUGAGAUUAAAUCACAGCUUCUUUUCUCACAUGAAAUAGCAUGUCAGCCUGUUCACUGAACCGUGGUCGACUUUUAAAGCGAAACACACUAUUAUGUUUAUUCCAGCAUUCUGAGGUGGCAAAGGAGGAGGAGACGACAAGAAGAGUAGGAU